CCUCGCCUGGGGCUGCAGAGGCCAAAGCACGCGGGCGAGGGUCCGAGGAGGGCGACCCCAGCCUCCACUCACCGCCGGCCAGCUGCGCUGGGAAGCCCCAGGCACAGGGGGGGCACAGGAGGCCCCCACCACCCAGAGCAGCAGCCGCCACCAGUGUCCAGGGGAUGACGAGCUCCCCCUUGCCAGGGUGCGCAGAGGAGAAGGCCGUCCCCCCCGGAGACACAGGCCAUGUGGGGCUCCCGGGACCUGCUUCUGCUGUGGCUGCUGGUGCUGGGAGCGGGCGGCACCCAGCACGUCUACCGGCCGGGCCGCAGGGUGUGUGCUGUUGGGGCUCCCCAGCGCCCCGUCUCCGAGUCCUUCGUGCAGCGUGUGUACCAGCCCUUCCUCACCACCUGCGACGGGCACCGAGCCUGCAGCACCUACCGAACCCUCUAUAGGACCGCCUACCGCCACAGCCCGGGCCCGGCGCCCACCCGGCCGCGCUACGCCUGCUGCCCUGGCUGGAAGAGGACCGCCGGGACCGCCGGGCUCCCCGGGGCCUGCUCGGCAGCAGUGUGCCAGCCGCCAUGCCAGAACGGAGGGAGCUGUGUCCAGCCAGGCCGCUGCCGCUGCCCUGCAGGUUGGCAGGGUGACACCUGCCAGUCAGAUGUGGACGAGUGCAGCACCGGAGGGGGCGGCUGUCCCCAGCGCUGCGUCAACACGGAGGGCAGUUACUGGUGCCAGGGCUGGGAGGGCCACAGCCCGUCUGCAGACGGUACUCUCUGCCUGCCCCAGGGAGGGCCCCCCAGGGUGGCCCCAAGCCCCAUGACAGGAGCAGACAGCGCGGUGAAGGAGGAAGUGCAGCGGCUGCAGUCGAGGGUGGACCUGCUGGAGGAGAAGCUGCAGCUGCUGCUGGCGCCGCUGCACAGCCUGGCCUCGCAGGCCCUGGAGCACGGGCUCCCGGACCCCGGCAGCCUCCUGGCACACUCCCUGCAGCAGCUGGGCCGCAUCGACUCCCUGAGCGAGCAGAUCUCUUUCCUAGAGGAGCAGUUGGGGUCCUGUGAGUGCCGGACACGCGCCCAGAGCACCCAGGAGCCUGGGACCCCCAUGGGGCGGGGUGGCCACAGGCCUGGAGCUGCGACCUCUGACCUCAGACCCUCCUCUGACCCUAGGCUCCUGCAACAAGGAGUCGUGACUGGCCCUGCCAAGGCCUGACUCUCGACCCAGGCCGGACCGAGCCGGCUGCCCUGGCGGAAGGCGGGAAGGGCCCUCUCCUUUCCUCUCCCCUGGCGCAGGUGGUUCCCUGGACCGAGGCACGGGGUGGGCUGGGGGGUCUUCUGUGCGAAUCCACCCUGACAACCCCGACAGCUUCCCAGGGCCCUGGGGGGCGCAGGGACGGUACGAGGCUCCCUGCCCAGAGCCAGGGACCGGUGGCAGCCACUGGGCAGCCUGUCUGGAGGCAGCAGCCGGGUUGCGGGGGGCUGGGGGGUACUCUGCCCUGGUUUUUGUCAGAAUAAAAUCGAGACUUGA